AUGAAUAUGAAUGAAAAGAAACGAUCGCGAGAUCCAACAGCGAAUGACUAUGAUGAUGAAAGUAAUGCAACGAAGAAGUUUUCGGUAAUUAGUUCUUUCGAACAACUUUCAAAUGAAAUUAUUUACGAAAUAUUAACUCAUCUUGAUGCUUAUGAGAUUUAUCGAAGUUUUUUCGAUAUCAACAUACGAUUUCGAAAUCUCUGUAAUCAUUCCGAUCUGACUAUUCAAAUCGAUACUCAAUUCGAAUCAAAAUCCAAAUUUCAAUCCUAUUACGAUGAUUUCAUCAUACCCAAUAAACAUCACGUUCAAUCAUUACGUUUAUUUGAUCCAUUGAUAGUCGAUUUCUUUGCAUUGUUACCGUCAACUAUUUCACAAUGCAUUGAUUUGCGUCAACUAAUUUUAUGUGAAAUACAAAAUGAAUUUCUUGAAAGUGUUCUUCUCGAUAUCGUUUCAUUGCCUAAAUUGUCGUCUUUAUCCAUUCACGUGGGUUGUGGUGCGAAUAAACCAAACAUCUAUGAAAGUUUAUUUCGUCUACCUGUAUUAAAAUCUUGUAAAAUCAACUUUAGAGAGAAAGGUCCUAUCAAAUUAUUACCAAUAUCCUCGAACUUAGUCAGUCCUAUUGAAGAUCUUGUCAUUUAUGAUCACUAUGAUUUACCUGACAUCGAUGUUAUUUUAUCGUAUGUACCCAAAUUACAUCGUUUAUCUGUUGCAUAUCAAUCUAAUGCAAAUCUUCAACCAUUUCAAUCUGUAUUUGCUGUUUUAUUCAACAAUGAAACUCACAUUUCUGUCAUCGGAACCGAGUUUUCAUAUCUAAAUCUUGAUAAAUUUAUAAAAAAUCACGUUUCUCAUAUUAAGAUACUACAGAUUUCAAUUAGUUAUCGAAAUGCAUAUUCAUCAAUCGAACGAUUCAUUCAACCAUAUUUUUCAUAUUUGAAGACUUGGGAUUUUAAUACCGCAUUACCUCCCGAUUGUGUUCAUACAAUGAAAUUAUAUCAGAAUAUGUUUGAGUCUUAUCCACAAAUACCAUUAAACAUACGACAAUUGUUCUUUACUCAUGAACCAAUGUCAGAUGAAUAUCUGCAUAAAAUGUUCGGUUCUAUUCGACCGUACAGUAGUAACUCGAUAUACUUAAUUCAUGAAUCGUGUAUGAAUUUCCAAUGUUAUAACGAAACUGAUCUUUAUUCCAUUGAACAUCUGAUCGUUCCCGGACAGAUUAGACCGUGUCAAUGUAUUCCACACUUUCCAAACGUUAAGAAAUUAACUCUCUAUGAAUCGUGUUUCAAAACAAAUUUAAGUUCAAUGAUUUCUUUAACACAACUGACCAGUCUAAGUUUUUACACUUCAAUGAAGACAAUUGAUGUCAUUAUUGAAAUACUAUGCCUUACCCCAAAUGUUCAGACGGUCACAUUAACAUUGACAACAAUGCGCGCAAAGAGUUUACCUGCUUUGAGAGAAUCUCUGAUAUCUCAACAUGAAGCCAAUUUCAAUCAAAUAAAAAGUUUUACUUUUAAAUUGAAUUAUACAAUGGUAUUGAUCCAAUUUUUUAUGAAGCUUUGUCCUCAAUUGCAACAUCUUGGUUUGGGUACAUAUCUAAAUUCUCUUCAACCAACAUUGCGAUAUUUGUUAACAGAAACGAUGGAAAAGCAUUUUUCAAUCCAUGUAUCUUCUAUCAGUACUAAAUGGAGUGAAAUAUUACGAGCUCUGAUCGAAUCACAAGAAUUGUCAAGAGACUAUUUAAUAAAAAUUAUCAAUGAUAAGUUUUAUUUCAGAUGGUGGAAUUGA